AUGGCUCAAUUACAAGUGAAUGUUGUUGAAGGACGAAAUUUCAAAAAGAAAGAUUUGUUUAGUAGCAAUGAUCCUUUUCUUCAAAUUUAUCUUGAUGAUAAAAGUCAAAAACAAAAAACUCAAGUAAAAUCUAAUACAAAUAAUCCACUGUGGAAUGAAAUAUUUUUUUUUAACCAUUUACGAGGACAAAAUAUUCUUCAUAUCGAUGUUUAUGAUAAAGAUUUCUUUAGCAAUGAUAAAAUUGGUUCAGUAGAAAUCAAUUUAGAAAAUUUAUAUGAAAAAGGUCAUAUUGAUAAUUGGUAUAAUCUUCCAUCGAAAUCUGGUGAAUCAUCUCAUGGUGAAAUUCAUCUUAUACUUGAUUAUCAACCAUUACAACAUUAA